AUGGCUUUCACCGCUGGAACUCCGCAAAAUGCUGGCUUCACAGGAGUCGGCACGCAAGACAUCAACACAUCCUCUCUCGCCAGCAUGGCCUCGUCUCUCGAGAGCGAGUUUACGCAGACCACCGGCUCACAUUUCACACGCACCAACAGCGGCGCAUCUCAAACGGGGACAUCUAGCACAGACAGCUCGAGCGCCGGCGCCUCUACCUCCUCGACCGCCACCCAGACAGCUUCCACCACAUUCGCUACAUCGGUUACCCCAUCAUCCGGCGGGCCAUUAGGCUCUCCGAACUCCAGCUUGAGCAGUUAUGCAACCUCUGCAACCAAUGCCGCAGCCAGCACAACAGGCGGCGCCGUCACCGUCUCAGAAAAAUCUUCCUGCAAUAGUAUUUCGUGUUCGUCUGCUCUCAAAGCGGCCGUUGCUGUUCCGAUUGUCGUUGCAGCGAUUGCGGGUAUCCUUCUGUUUUUCUUUUGUGCCAGGAGGAGGAGGAGACGCGGCGGAGCCGUCAUGUCAGAGAAGACACCGAAAAAAGCAGGCAAGAAAUGGACACGGCAUCUACGAGCCUUUUCCUUCGAUGCGGAAUUGCUCAUGGGCGGUCGAUUCUCCAGCUCCAAUAGCAUCCGCAGUCGAGACCCCAGCGUUCGAAGUGGCCCGGGCACGCAGUCUCGUGGAAGCGCUCACAGCGGGGAACCAAGUAUGCACAGUAUCGAAGAGGUGGCUCCUCCGUACCGGGAUGCUGUGACCCAUGUGACGCCACCAAGUCCAGCUCGUUCCAUCCCUCAAGUCACCACUAUCACGGCCGAUCCGAUUCCUCGGCCGUCCUCGACAGCCACAGCACCACCUCCCUACCGAGCUAUUGUCGGUGGCACCGGUGCUGAACCGCCCUCCCCUUCCACGGUUCGUUCUGCGGUUCGAAACCCGUUUGCGGACUCGGCGCCGGUCAGUCCUAUCGAAGGCUCACCUUUCAAUGAUCCUCCCGAAGAAGCAUCUGGCGCUCUGCGUCCGACCAUGAGCCGUGGUUCGUCCAUGUAUCGCAGCGUGAUGACGGACGAUGACGCUUCGCCCGGUGCGUCUGAAGCGGGGAGCAUACGGCAAGCAAUGGUGGGCAGGCGUGUGUCGGUCCGGAACAGCGAGGCAGCCAGUGGCGGUGGUGGCAGCAGCACCUAA